AUGUUCUUGCAAGACGAGUUGGUAAAAACUGGACCACGUGGACCACCAGGUGAAUUACGUCCUCUAACUCUUUCCGACUGCGGAAAAGUUACUAAAAAUGAUUCGAAAAUAUGGAAUGAAACCGGUGGUGUUUUCGAUAUCUAUCCAACUUACUCAAAGCUUGAAGUUUUCUGUGAUCUUGAAACUGACGGUGGCGGUUGGAUGGUCUUUCAACGACGAACGAGCGGCUCGACGGACUUCUAUAAAACUUGGAAUGAAUAUGUAAAUGGAUUUGGGAACAAAGCUGAUGAAUAUUGGCUUGGCCUGGAGAAUCUCUAUCAUCUGACGCGUGAUAAUGACUACGAACUUCGUAUUGAUUUGGAAGAUUGGGAUGGAAACAAGAAAUACGCAAAAUAUUCACAUUUUAAAAUUGGAGGACGGAACUCGAAAUAUACACUCUCUGUGGGAGGAUAUACCGGAGACGCGGGAGAUUCUCUUAGUGGUCAUAACGAUCAAAGAUUCACGACUAAGGAUCAAGACAACGAUUCAUAUUCAAGGAAUUGUGCUGUAUCCUUUAAAGGAGCAUGGUGGUAUUUUAAAUGCCAUUCAAGCAACUUGAAUGGUCAUUAUUUCAAAGGCGGAGUUCACAAAUCUUACGCAGAUGGUGUUGAAUGGUCUUCCUGGAAGGGAGUAUAUUAUUCUCUCAAAGUUACGGAGAUGAAAAUACGACCGAUUUAACAUUCUGAAAAAAAUAGUCGGACAGCUUUGAUUGCAUAUAUACAAUCUCAUUUACACUUUCUCUCGUUUACAUAUUUACAUUUGAGUUUAAUCAUAAUUUUGGUAACCAAUUUUCCGAAAUUAGCAGCAUUUGGUCUUUUGUAUGGUGCCAACCCUGCUCCUCGGGAUUAAGUGCAGUUAUACUUUUUAUUAUGAGACACCAGUUUGUCACACUUUCAUAAAAGUUUGAAUAGUUUUUACCGCUUAAUAAAAUAUUUGCUCAAUUCUCUGCAAGAUACAUCAAAAUACUAAAUAGUAAAAUGCAUUUCAAUCUGGAAUGCGGUUAAUUCAUCAGACUGUUGUCUUUGAGUCGGACAAACUUUUAAGUUUUCAUUUACCUUGCGCGGUAAAUUUGCUUUUUUUGGCAGAAUAAACGAUGGAAAUUA